AUGGAAACUGAGCAGGAGAAGGAUAAGGAAGAAAUGAGCAGGGAACAGGAUAAAGCUGGAGAUGGGAUUGUUCUGGAUAAACUCAAAAACCAAUAUGAGGCUCUAAUGGGUUUUGAUAGCAAAGCAUUGAUUGAAUUACAAGGAAAGAUACCUGAUUCUUUGUAUAGAAAAUUGGAAUCUAGAUGGCAGACUGCAAUUAAGCAGGACAAAAAAAUUAUAUCUGUGCAAGCUGAGAUUGAGGAAGUUUUGAAAAAGUUUUUAGGACUUGAAAAAGAGGAACUAGAGAUGAUAGAAACUUCCGAGGAAGAAGAUAUUCCCGAGGCACCGAUAAUUGAAGGUGAACUAUUGGAUGAAUUUGAAAUUGAUGAGAUAAUUACUCAAAUAGAGAAAGAACGAGAAGGUGGCACCACAUCAGUUUCUACUAUCACAGUUGAAGAACUAGUGAUACCAGAAGAAAUUCCAACCGGUAAAGAUGAAGAGGAGACAAAUACACAAGUAAAUGCACAAACAAAUGAUGUGAAAACCAUAGGGCCAUUAGAGAAAGAUGAAGAAAUGCAAAAAGACAUGUACGAGAUUGUGCAAAUAGAUGUUGAUCAAACUAAAGAGUCACCGGAGAAGAUUGCAGUUGACAUAUUUUCCAAUCUGUUAUUGGAGAAUGACACUGAUAGUCUCACAACUCCUAUUGAAAAACUGGACCACUUGGUCACAUCUGCAGGAGAGCAAAUGAAGAGUCUUGGAGAGGCUGCUCUACACAAUGUAGAGAAGGAAUAUGAAAAGAAAAGGAUUGAGAUGCUAAUCAAGACAAUUGGCAAAGACAAAAUAGGUCUUACUAUGAACAUGGACCAAAUAAAAGAAGCAUUGAAGAAUGAAGAUACUCAGGAAGUAAAUGUCGUGGUUGAUAGAGAGACCACUGAGGAUAAGGAGAAAGAUGUGACCAUAGAGUCACUAGAUGUUGAGGUUGAGUUAAACAUAGAAAAACCUACACAGACAGAGCAAUCGACAGAGGAUACCACUGAGAAACUGGUAGAUAUAAUAGACAAACCAUCUGAAGACCUGACUAAGCAAAGUUCAAAGGCACAAACUGAGGAACUGGCAACUGAAAUCUCAGAGAAACUGUCUGAAACACAUUUGGAGAAACCCAAACCAAUCUCCAAGUAUUGA